AUGAGUGAGUUGGAGCUGAGUGAACUGAUACGCAAAUUUCAGGCAAUCCAGCGGCAGGAUAUUCCUAACCAGAUCACCGAGCGCAAUGUGGUGGAGAUUGUUAAUGUGCUGCAGCGAAAAAAGUUUGUCGACCUGUUGUUCACUGUUGACGGUAAGGAAUACCUGACGUGGGAUCAGUUGCGACGUGAAGUCAUUGAUGAGGUACACGCCAAUGGCGGGCGCAUGAAUGUAACCGAUCUCCCUGGUCUUUUAACUGUGCACAUGAUACACAUUGAGCGCGUGCUACCGGAGGUGCUUGAAGAACCUAAUAUACGUCUCGAGGCUGCGGAACUCAUGACAGAUGAAUACCUGGACUCGACCGUCUCUGCAGCGCAAGAUGUCCUGAAGGAAAAGGGGUUUGUCGCUGUUUCAGAGUUCGCAAGGAUACACCGCUUCACAUCCCUGUUCGCCCAAAACCUUUUAACUGGUGCGGUUGAGUCGGGACGGCUACGCGCCGUUCUUCAGGGGGGCGCCCUGCACACAAAACAAUUUGUUGGAGCGCAAAAGGUCGUGCUCCGCGCGGGAUUACUGGCUGCUACGGAGCCCGUCAACUUGACGACCUUCUUCGAGCGACACAACCUCUUUGCCCCGUUAGUGGAUGUCCUCAUCGAGGCCGUGAGGAAUGACCUACCCGGAAAAAUUGAAGGACGGGUUUACAUCCCAACUUACUUCGAACAAGACCGUGCAAAUGAGGUGGAAAACGUUUACCUCUCGAAUGGUUUCAUUGAGUACGCCUUGCUGCAUAGGAAAGGCAUCACGCAGGCGAGGGAAUUCCUUUCGACAAAAUAUAACCCCGUUAUGGAGGCUACAGCACAAGGUGACGCUCCGAAAAGGCGGACCCGCCGUGUCCAGGCUGCGUCCACGGCCAAUACGGAAUCGCCUUCGGUUGCACGCAGUGAAAAGUACCCAAAUGCGGGGCAUGCGCUUUCCGCAUGCUUUCUUUCCGACAGGUUUCUGGCAAACUUGGUUGUCCUUGAAGACUUAGCACACGGCGACGCCUUGGUUGUGGACCUGUCAACCCACCUUCCACUUUCUGUAGACUUCGAAAAGGACUCCGAUAUUCUUUUGCGGCGGUUACGCGAGUUGCAUCCUAUUGUUACGUCGUGCACUCUACUAGACUGCGGCGUGCUGCUUCAUGAGUCUGUGCUACCCACGGUGAAAAAACGGCUGGAAUCUUCUUACGACUUGCAAAUAAGGGAAAGUGGGGCAAAGGGGAGGAAAUCGAAGGUUAGUCGUGAGUUUGGUGAGGAGGAGGAAGAGAUACUGUUGCGAGCGGUAGCGGAUGUCACGGGUCUGCCCCUAGAACAAUACCAGGAUGUGCUCGCAGAGUUGACCUCAGAGUGGAAAGUAGUAGCGCAGGAGGUAUACAGCGAGCUCGCCGCAGCGGCUGAGCAGCACGUUUCCGUGGACUGGAAAAGGAUGCGUACAAACCUUCAGUCGUCGCUUGGCACCGCAUGGUGUGGCAUGGUGAUUGCUGAGAAGGGUGUUUUGUGGGCAACGACAAAAUUUGACGAGACGUCCUGUGUAGCCCUCAACCGCCACCUUCUCACCGACCGUGCCUUUGCGCUCCUACGCGACAUUCUGCUGAAUGAAGGUCUUGACAGCGCAGGUGUGUAUGAGUGUGUGUGUGAGGCAUUAAUGGUGAAAGAAGACCAGCAGAAACAACAACCUCCUACUGCUGCUUUGCUUCAAAAAGCCCUGAAGGCUCUUCCAGAACAGCAGCGUCAAAGCCUCUCCCCGCUCGUUGAUGCGGCAAUGGGUAAAUCUGUGGAGACUUUCACAAAGCUUCUGCGUGACAUGAGCUGUACCGCCCAAAUCGCAGUAUCCGGCUUCCAUCAACUGAAUAAGAAGGUUGAGCGUGAGACGCUCGCUUCAAUGAAGCAAGAAGUGAAGAAACGUGUGGAAGAAGACACCUUCACUACUGACACGGCACGUAGCGGCGCGCUCUUCGCGCUUCUGUGUAGCCUUCUUAUCCACUCCCGCUUUCACGUGCACGUCGACCUCCCUGGGCGUGCGGUGGGAGGUGCGGUGACGUGCCUUGCGGCUGAGGCGAUGGGUGUGGCGGAACUCCUCAAAGAGUGCAACCAAAUAAUAACAGGCGCCAUCAGCGGAAAACACUCACUGAGCGAUGACGACGUGGAAAAACUCGAGACCCUCCGCCGGCUUGUACUUGAGGAUGCGUAG